AUGGUUUGUGCCAUGGUGUUCGCUCUGGCGUGCUUGGCGUUGCCGGCCAUGCCACCUGCAUCCGCAAAUGACGGAGGGAUACUGUAUGUCCCGUCCGCUGCCACCAUAGCUAGUCACUGCCCCUCCAGCUGCGGGGACAUCAACAUCUCCUACCCCUUCGGCAUAGGGGCCGGCUGCUUCCGACGUGGCUUUCAGUUCGAGCUUACUUGCAACCACACCACUCAACCUCCAAAAUUGUUUCUGGGUAACAGCACAAUUCAGAUUACUUACAUUUAUGGUUCCUCGGUAUACAUCCCAGCUAUGUUCUUCAACAGUAGCUUGGAAGAAUCUGGUACGAACACCCACAAUAUAUCUUGGAAUGCCCCCGCCAAGGGUAUUACUAUCCCCGGUUAUAUCACUUUCUUCUUCCUUGGCUGCGAUUUUGAUGUUGACUUGUUUGACUCUGUGAGGAACCCUAUCGGCUCCUGCAUGAGCAGGUGCCACGGCAAGGUAUUGCCGAACCAAGGGCCUUGCGAUAGGUUUGGUUGCUGUUCCAUCAGUCUACAAAACGACAUCUCAGGCUUUCAAGGAACAAUUGUUCGGGCUGAUAAUAUGGCAGCACAGUCAGAUCCUCUGCACCCUGGCAUCAUGGCUUUCAUGUCGAUUAAAGAUUAUUACAUGGAAAAUGUGACUGAUCUUUUCUCAGGUUGGACAAAUGCAAGCAAGAUUGAGGACGCUGCACUUUGGGUUACAGAUAUUGAUGAAUGCUCACUGCCAAACUACUGCAAAGGUAUUGCAAUUGGAACUGGUUGUGGCCUUGGCUCCAUAUUUAUUGGAUUGGGUCUAAUUCUACUUGCCAAUAAGUGGAAGAAAGGCAUCCAAAAGAGACUUCGGCGAGCAUACUUCAAGAAAAAUCAAGAAGAUGAAGUUCCCUUGCUUGUCUAUGAGUUCAUUUCAAAUGGCAAUCUGUAUGAACUUCUUCACAUGGAUACUACAGUAAAAUGCUUACUUUCAUGGGAUGAUCGCCUGAGGAUUGCAGUGGAAGCAUCCAGGGCUUUGGCUUAUCUACACUCAGCAGCUACAAUGCCAAUUUUUCACAGAGAUGUCAAGUCUUCAAAUAUACUCUUGGAUGACAACUUCACCACAAAGGUUUCAGAUUUUGGUGCUUCAAGAUCCCUUUCACUUGAUGAGACCCAUGUGCUGACAAUUGUUCAAGGAACAUUUGGUUACUUGGAUCCAGAGUAUUAUCAUACCGGUCAACUAACGGAGAAGAGUGAUGUAUACAGUUUUGGAGUAAUCCUUGUGGAACUCUUGACAAGAAAGAAGCCAAUUUUUAUUAAUGAUUUAGGUGCAAAGUAA